UAUCUAACAGGAGACGUGGGAACCAUCCUCUCAUCCCUGUGUUGUCCUGUGGUUCUAACCCCUGUAUGUUCCUCUAUCUAACAGGAGACGUGGGAACCAUCCUCUCAUCCCUGUGUUGUCCUGUGGUUCUAACCCCUGUAUGUUCCUCUAUCUAACAGGAGACGUGGGAACCAUCCUCUCAUCCCUGUGUUGUCCUGUGGUUCUAACCCCUGUAUGUUCCUCUAUCUAACAGGAGACGUGGGAACCAUCCUCCCAUCCCUGUAUUGUCCUGUGGUUCUAACCCCUGUAUGUUCCUCUAUCUAACAGGAGACGUGGGAACCAUCCUCACAUCGUCCUGUGGUUCUAACCCCUGUAUGUUCCUCUAUCUAACAGGAGACGUGGGAACCAUCCUCUCAUCCCUGUGUUGUCCUGUGGUUCUAACCCCUGUAUGUUCCUCUAUCUAACAGGAGACGUGGGAACCAUCCUCACAUCGUUCUGUGGUUCUAACCCCUGUAUGUUCCUCUAUCUAACAGGAGACGUGGGAACCUCAGCACAUUCCUGUGUUGUUCUCCUUGUUCUGUGGUCUCCUGGUGGCUGUCUCCUACCAUCUGAGCCGGCAGAGCAGCGACCCCUCUGUACUGAUUUCCUUGGUGCAUUCCAAGCUUCUGCCCAACAUGACAGAGAAGAAUUUAGAAGACCCCCUGUCUGAGGUCCAGGACCCUUUACCUGAGAAACUCAGGGGUUCUGUGAGUGAGCGUCUUCAUUCCGACCUGAUCGUCUGCGUUGUCAUCGCUGUCCUCUACUUUGCCAUCCACGUCAGCACCAUGUUCAUCGUUCUGCAGCCGUUCCUGAGUUACGUGCUGUACUCUCUACUGGGAACAGUGGGUCUGCUAACACAUUACCUGCUGCCACAGGUCCGCAAGCAGCUGCCCUGGUACUGCUUCUCACACCCACUGCUCAAGACCAGGGAGUACUACCAGUUCGAGGUCAGAGGCGCGGCCCAUGUGAUGUGGUUUGAGAAGCUCCAUGUGUGGCUGCUGUUCUUGGAGAAGAAUAUUCUGUACCCUCUGGUCAUCCUCAACGUGCUGAGCGGCAGCGCCAAGGAACUGGCCAGUCCCAGGAAACUGGGCACUGAGGUUGGAGCGUUGAUGAUAACAGUGGCAGGUCUGAAGCUGCUUCGUUCCUCCUACAGCAGCCCCACCUACCAGUACAUCACAGUACUCUUCACCGUCCUCUUCUUCACCUUCGACUACCGCAACCUAUCAGAGACCCUGCUGCUAGACCUCUUCCUCAUGUCCAUCUUUUUCAGCAAGCUCUGGGAACUGUUCUACAAGCUGCGAUUUGUCUACGCCUACAUCGCCCCCUGGCAGAUCACCUGGGGAUCGGCCUUUCACGCCUUCGCUCAGCCCUUCGCUGUUCCUCACUCUGCCAUGCUGUUUGUUCAGGCUGUAGUGUCAGCUGUCCUCUCCACUCCUCUCAACCCUUUCCUGGGCAGCGCCAUCUUCAUCACCUCCUAUGUCAGACCUGUCAAGUUCUGGGAGAGAGACUACAACACUAAGAGAGUGGACCACUCCAACACCAGACUGGCUUCUCAACUGGACAGAAACCCAGGUUCUGACGACAACAACCUGAAUUCUAUUUUCUAUGAGCACCUGACGCGUUCCCUGCAGCACAGCCUCUGUGGAGAUCUGCUGCUGGGCCGCUGGGGGAACUACACCACAGGAGACUGCUUCAUCCUGGCUUCAGACUACCUCAACGCCCUGGUUCACCUGGUGGAGAUCGGCAACGGACUGGUCACCUUCCAGCUCCGAGGACUGGAGUUCAGAGGUACGUACUGCCAGCAGCGGGAGGUGGAGGCCAUCACGGAGGGGGUGGAGGAGGAUGAGAGCUGCUGCUGCUGUGAACCAGGUCACCUGCCACAUGUCCUGUCCUUCAACGCGGCCUUCGGACAGCGUUGGCUGGCCUGGGAAGUGCUGGUCACCAAGUACGUCCUGGAGGGCUACAGCAUCACGGACAACAGCGCUGCCUCCAUGCUUCAGGUGUUUGACCUCAGACGUAUCCUGACUACUUACUACGUCAAGAUGUCCUAUAUGCAAUCUCCUACUGCCCAUGAGAAAUGUACUAAACUCCUAAACUUGUGUUCUCUCCCUACUUCCUCUCCCCCUACUUCCUCUCCCCCUACUUCCUCUCCCCCUACUUCCUCUCCCUACGUCACCUCUCCCUACGUCACCUCUCCCUACGUCACCUCUCCCUACGUCACCUCUCCCUACGUCACCUCUCCCUACGUCACCUCUCCCUACGCCACCUCUCCCUACGCCACCUCUCCCUACGUCACCUCUCCCUACUUCCCCUCUCCCUACUUCCCCUCUCCCUACUUCCCCUCUCCCUACUUCCCCUCUCCCUACUUCACCUCUCCCUACUUCCCCUCUCCCUACUUCACCUCUCCCUACUUCCCCUCUCCCUACUUCACCUCUCCCUACUUCCUCUCCCUACUUCCCCUCUCCCUACUUUCACCUCUCCCAUUUCACUCUCCCUACUUCCCCUCUCCCUACGUCACUCUCCUACUUCACCUCUCCUACUUCACCUCUCCGACUUCACUCUCCUAC